CUGAGUUUGAAUACUCCUCCCUCAUCCCAACUGUUCAUCAAACAAACUUGGGUUCAGCUGAUACUUUUGGGUCGUGGCUAUGUGCUAGACACUGGAGAAGGCAAUGGUAAAUCAGAUAAUAGGGCUACCCUCAAAGAGCUUAUAGUCUAGAAAAGAAGGUAAAGCAUUUGCUUAAGUAAUUGUAGUAGAAGUGCUAAAAACGAAGCAGGUGAAGGACUGUGAUUGUUGGCCAAAAGGAUAUGUUUCUUCCAGUUGAAGGAUCAGGGAGGGACAUGUCAUCUCUGAGCCAUGCACUUUGCUUUAAAUCUCUACUUGGAAAUCUUAGACUGUCCUGGCAUACUCAGUAAAAGUUUCCACAAACCCAUGGCAUCAGGAAUCAAAGUCUUAUAUCUAUGGAAGGGAAAUAUGUACAUUCCAGCCAGCUUAACUCUAGAAGAGACCUACAUGCUUUCUUUGGAGUCCCCAGUCAGGCAAAAGCCACCUCUGAGGAUGGAAUUACUGCCUUAUAAAUGUAAAAUGGUUUCUGACUUGAUUUGUCUGCAAAGACCUUUGACCCUUUUGUCUUCAUCCUAGAGCAGAAACUGAAAUACCUAAGCUGCUCCAAGCUCCUGUUUUCUGUUUCACAAAUCCUUUCCCACUGAACUUCAACCCCUGUCAACUCUCCCUUUGUACUGUGGCUCUCAUACGUCCCUUUCCAUUCACACUGCCUCGAGAUGCUCAUCGUUUUGUGCCUAAGCCACAGAAACUUCUGAAUGUGAUGGAUGUUCCUACCAGAGGACAAGUCAUACAAUGGUGGAGGAAUAGGUUCUUCAAAUAGGAUGAUGGACUUCUUGGAGGAGCCAAUCCCUGGCGUGGGGACCUAUGAUGAUUUCAAUACAAUUGAUUGGGUGAGAGAGAAGUCUCGAGACCGGGAUAGGCACCGAGAGAUUACCAAUAAAAGCAAGGAGUCAACAUGGGCCUUAAUUCACAGUGUGAGCGAUGCUUUUUCUGGCUGGUUGUUGAUGCUACUUAUUGGGCUUUUAUCAGGUUCCCUAGCUGGCUUGAUAGACAUCUCUGCUCACUGGAUGACAGACUUAAAAGAAGGUAUAUGCACAGGGGGAAUCUGGUUUAACCAUGAACACUGUUGCUGGAACUCCCAGCACGUCACCUUUGAAGACAGAGACAAAUGCCCAGAGUGGAAUAGCUGGUCCCAGCUGAUCAUCAGCACGAAUGAGGGAGCCUUUGCCUACAUAGUCAAUUACUUCAUGUAUGUCCUCUGGGCUCUCCUAUUUGCCUUCCUUGCCGUAUCUCUUGUCAAGGUGUUCGCACCGUACGCCUGUGGCUCUGGAAUCCCUGAGAUAAAAACUAUCUUGAGUGGUUUCAUUAUUAGGGGCUAUUUGGGUAAGUGGACCCUGAUUAUCAAAACCAUAACACUGGUGCUGGCAGUGUCAUCUGGCCUGAGCUUGGGCAAAGAGGGCCCCCUAGUGCACGUGGCUUGCUGCUGUGGGAACAUCCUGUGCCACUGCUUCAACAAAUACAGGAAGAAUGAAGCCAAACGCAGAGAGGUCUUGUCAGCUGCAGCUGCAGCCGGUGUAUCUGUAGCCUUUGGGGCACCUAUUGGCGGAGUAUUAUUCAGCCUAGAAGAGGUCAGCUACUACUUUCCCCUCAAAACACUGUGGCGUUCGUUUUUUGCUGCUUUAGUGGCAGCAUUCACUCUACGCUCCAUCAAUCCGUUUGGGAACAGCCGCCUGGUUCUAUUUUAUGUGGAGUUUCACACCCCGUGGCAUCUCUUUGAGCUCGUGCCCUUCAUUCUGUUGGGCAUAUUUGGUGGUCUGUGGGGAGCUUUGUUUAUCCGCACCAACAUCGCCUGGUGUCGGAAGCGUAAGACCACUCAGUUGGGCAAGUAUCCUGUCAUAGAGGUACUCGUCAUAACGGCCAUCACUGCCAUCCUGGCUUUCCCCAAUGAGUACACCCGUAUGAGCACAAGUGAGCUCAUUUCUGAGCUGUUCAAUGACUGUGGCCUUCUGGACUCCUCUAAGCUCUGUGAUUAUGAGAACCGUUUCAACACAAGCAAGGCGGGUGAGCUGCCCGACAGACCGGCUGGUGUGGGAGUCUACAGCGCAAUGUGGCAGCUAGCCUUGACGCUCAUACUGAAAAUUGUCAUCACUAUAUUCACCUUUGGCAUGAAGAUCCCUUCUGGCCUCUUUAUCCCUAGCAUGGCUGUUGGUGCUAUAGCGGGUCGGCUCUUGGGAGUAGGGAUGGAACAGCUGGCUUAUUACCACCAUGACUGGGCCAUCUUCAAUAGCUGGUGCAGUCAAGGAGCGGAUUGUAUCACCCCUGGCCUUUAUGCGAUGGUUGGGGCUGCAGCCUGCUUGGGCGGGGUGACUCGGAUGACCGUUUCUCUUGUUGUCAUAAUGUUUGAACUAACUGGUGGCUUGGAAUACAUUGUGCCUCUGAUGGCCGCAGCCAUGACAAGCAAGUGGGUGGCAGAUGCUCUUGGGCGGGAGGGCAUCUAUGAUGCCCACAUCCGUCUCAAUGGAUACCCCUUUCUUGAGGCCAAAGAAGAGUUUGCUCACAAGACCCUGGCAAUGGAUGUGAUGAAACCCCGGAGAAAUGAUCCUUUGUUGACUGUCCUUACUCAGGACAGUAUGACCGUGGAAGACGUAGAGACCAUAAUCAGUGAAACCACUUACAGUGGCUUCCCAGUUGUGGUGUCCCGGGAGUCCCAAAGACUUGUGGGUUUUGUCCUCCGAAGAGACCUCAUUAUUUCAAUUGAAAAUGCUCGAAAAAAACAGGAUGGAGUUGUGAGCACUUCUGUCAUUUAUUUCACCGAGCAUUCUCCUCCAAUGCCACCAUACACCCCACCUACCCUCAAGCUUCGGAACAUCCUGGAUCUCAGCCCCUUCACUGUGACUGACCUUACACCCAUGGAGAUCGUGGUAGAUAUCUUCCGCAAGCUGGGACUGCGGCAGUGCCUGGUUACACACAAUGGGCGAUUGCUUGGAAUCAUCACCAAAAAGGAUGUGCUAAAGCAUAUAGCACAGAUGGCGAACCAAGAUCCUGAUUCCAUUCUCUUCAACUAGAAUCACAGGGCUGUACUGGAUAUAAAACAGGAAGGACAUUGCAGACCAUGGAUAUAUUUUAUUAACUGGGUACCCAAAAAACAUUUCCCACAUUUGGAUGGUGAAGUUAUAUUAGCGUGUUGUCUCUUUCCUACAAGUUAACCAGUUGCACUACAUAAUCUCUGGAAAUUAAUCUUCUCUUUAGGGGAAAAUUCUGUUAGGCUUCUGUGAUAUUGCAUUAGGAAGAUUUCAUGAAAGAGUAAAGAAGAUUGCUAUGGUUUAAUUCUUUUUUUUUCUUUUUUUUAAAGAUUUUGUUAAUUUAAAACAUAAGUGUUAGCCAAUAUGCAAUCACUGAAAACUAUGCAAGAAAAAUUCCAACCGUCCUGACCUAUAGCCUGCAGGAAGCUCAUGAAAAAGUCACUUUUUUGGACUCUGUCAUUGGUGGAAGAUGAAGUGUAAACCAGGGACUUUGCUUUUCCAACCACAGAAAGGAAAGCCAGAAGGAAAAUAGUAAUGGUAUUUUCCAGACUGUGAAUUCAGUUCAAAUGUUUUCUUGUUCUUGUUACAGUAUUUAGCAUUAUUAGUUUAUGUGUGUGUAUGUGUAUGUUAAUUUUAAUAUCUGAUUAUAAGACAAUGCUGCUUUGGUUAAUCUCCUCUAAAUGGAUGUAGAGAGGUUGACUUUUAUAGCUUGCUUGUUCCUGGUACUCUUUUGAAGUGCACAAAAGAUAAGUUAUAGAAUUUUCUCCUUGUCUGCAAAAAGGGUAAUUUUCCAGAUGGCCUUUGUUAGCUAGUAGACAAGGACCUUGCCAUGAAUUUGUUAGUAGCAAGGAAUGAUUUCUCCAUCUUCCUUGAAACAAAUGAUUAGUAAAGUUCUAAGCAAAGUCAAUGACCAGGACUUUCACAUUUUUGUGAGGUCCCAACUCUUACCCAGAUGCCACCUCCAUGAGUGAUGGUGCUUUUGGCUUCUGGAAUAUGUAAGAAUAGUAAAGGGAACCAAGUCUAGACUGCAUACUGGUAAACCAGGGAAGAUCCCGAGCUGUAUCUGCGUUCUCAUGCAUUCCUUCAUGACAACCACCAGUAGUAAAAUGACUGGGCACUCAUGCCUCCUCCCAGUGUUAAGUACAUGUAUAUAACAGGCCAGUGUUGUCCCCGUGAUCGUGAAUUUAGGCUUGGGGUACUUUCAGGUAUAGUCAAGGCAUUGGAACAGGAUAGGCAGCUGUGACUCCCUUGAGGCUCCUUAGAAUUCUAAAUAAAAUGCAGAACCAUCCUGAGACCCAGGGGUAUGGACAAGGCCUGGUGACACCAAAGGUGCUUGUAUACAAUUGAAAAGGUGCCUGUCUCAAUUUCCUACCACCUUUACCGCAGUAGAAAACAUCACACUCUAAGGACACCUGGUGGAGUUACAGAGCCACCGUCAUCAUUCCAACUACUGUUUCGUUUUCUACAGUUUUACCCACGUGCUGUUGUUCCUCCUCCAUUCUCCCUUUCCCACGCCUCAGUCCUGAGUCCUCUCUUUGGGAUUGAGUAGUGUGCCCGGUUAAUCAUUCCUGUUACAAAAAAAUAACUCCCAGGGCUAGUUAAAUUGUAAACCCAGCCUCUACAGUCUUACAGCCCAUGGACCAGAGGUGACGCACAACCAUUUGCUUUGCUCUAUAGCCCAGUAGCUCCAUUUCCACGCUGACGCCCACAGCAGUGAGACUCAAAUGCUAAGGGUGGGAGUUGAGCCUUUCCCAUUUUACAAGUCUGUUCCCAGCGCUUCCCACCAUCCUUCUAGCCUAGAAUCAGCAGUCACUCGGCAUAGCCUCUCCUCCCACUCCAAGCACCUCAGCGUACCUCAUUUUAAAAGUUGCCGAUCUCUGAUUCUAGGAUUUUUUACCCCUAGUUUCUUAUCUUUCCAAAAUCUGAAAUUCUUUUAUUGCCUAGAACUGGGGAGCCAAGGCUUAUUUUGAUUUUUAUCUUUAAAAUAUCAAGGCAGUCACCAGAGUUUCUCCUUUUAAGUAUGUCACUCUAGCAUUUUAAUGAAAAAGACAAAAACCUCCCUAGGUUAUAUUAUAUUAUAGUCACGACUCAGUAACUUCACGUCUUUUGUCCCUCCUGUACCACUGAUUCCCUCACACGAGAUGAGGCUAUUUGCCUGACCACCACGUCUGUUGUGCACAAAUCAAAGUUCUUAUGUGUGUACUUCUGGUUCACUACCUGUCUUUUCUUAUCAGCCGUCCAACUAAAGUUUUCAAAACAGGAAAUGUUAGUAUUUCUGGUAUUUGAUGAUGGUGAAAGGUUUGGUCGCAUUUCAUAGUACAGCAGUGAUAUGGAGGGUGUCUAAGUUUGCCUUUGUGUUUCUUCUAGGCUCUGUUUUUGAUUUGAGACAGAUGAGCCAGUGUUCAGGUGCUACUUCAGAGAAUAAGUUCAAGAAAUCAGAUAACACUGUGCCAAGGUAUACUUUCUAGAUACUAAGCACCGAUUGGCCCUCCAGAGAAUAAUAUCCCUUUGAUACCUCACUCCUGAUAAAUCUCAUUCAUUAACCUCAGCUUCUCAGGAAUCCUUGUAACUCAUAUGCUAGAAGUAGCUGUAGUGUAUGGUAUCCAUUAUACGUCCAGUCCUAUGGUUUGGCUCCAAGUUUGGCUAAUUGUGGUAGAGCUCUCUGCUAGACUGCUAGCUCAGCACCUUAACACUCAGAGUUUCUUGUCUUGAGGCAAAGGAAAAUGUUCUUUCUGCCAUUGCCAAUUCAGCAGUUGGACAUACUUAAACCAACAAAGCUGAUAUGGGGGGGGGGGUCUGUCAGUAGUCUCAAAUGGCCACGUACCUCAAUGGCAAAAGACUGGAUAAUCUGUGAUUUAAAAAUUAGUAUGAGCCGAGACCAGUCGAUUCUGGUAUUAAGAAAGAAAGUUUCCCGACACACGGAAAGGAUUUACAAAAGAAUGCCAAUAAGUGCUUCUAGAGAGUUAGGGCUUUCCAAGGCAAAGUAUCUGGUAGACAUCCAGGCCACGAAAGGAAUGAGAGUCUAUGGAUUUGUAAAAGUCUAACUGCUAUAUUUUGUAUCUUCAGAUCUGUGACGUAAAGAAUUAAAGAAGCCGAAAUAGUUAAGGCAUGAUUAGUUAUGCCAUUGGCAGAAGCAGGGGACUGAACAAGCAAAAUAAUGGCCACUUUUAAGAUCACUUCUAUUUGGAUGUACGUUCAGACACUCCCCCGCUUUUCUGGCUCUGGUGUCCUUCAGGCUCAGCCCAGCUGUGGAGUAGAGGUGGUAUAAUCCACAGAGCAGAUAUCCUCUGGUGGAUAAUCUGACGUUGAUGGUACUUUGUAUUUGCCAGCUGGCAGAGCAGUCGAUUAAUUUGCUGAUGGAACUGCAAAGCAGUUCCGUUGUUUUGGCACCAGAGGCUGAAUCUGAACCAUUUACAGGAAGAGCAGAGAAGAAGCAUAAAUGUCUCUAGCAAGUCUUCAAUUGUGCAUGAACACGAGAAUGAUAAAGUAAUGGGGACUUUGUGUGGUCUAAGGCUGUGAAGUAAUUCUUAACUAUGAAUUUAUGAACCCAUUCAGGUGUCGGGGGAGCAAAUAUGUUUUUUAAAACAGUGUGCAAGAGAGUCCAUCAGGGAAAGUAAUCACUGCUGUAUGUUUUAAGUAUUUGGAUCACCUGUCCCAGUUGGAUCCUGACCUUGAUUUGUUUAGUUAGGUGAUGAGUAGGAAGGUGUACUUGUUACCCCACAGUAUCUUUUGGUUUUGUUUUUUAAUAAAUCACAAGGAGUACA